AAACAAUUAAUUAAAAAACAACAACAAAUAAAAUUAGUGAACCUUCCUAGAAAAUCAGAAAAUUUCAUCAGAAAAAAUUCACACAAAAAUUAACACUGCAAAAAAUUACAAAAAAAUUAAAUUUAUUAAAAAUAUUCACUUCGAAUAAAAACCACAUCGAAUCAAAACCCUUCAUUGACAAUUACUUUGUGAACUCAUAUAUAAAUAUAUAAACACGUAUGUCUCGCUAAAUCCUUCAAUAACUACUCGUGCAUACCACUACAUACACACAUACUUACAUGCAUACUAAAAAACAUAGAUUUGUGUUCAAAAUUCCUGUGCAACUAAAAUCGUAAAUAAUCGUCUGCAAAUCUUUGCGAAAUUCAUUUCAACAUUUGUGUGCUCACUGAAUUUCAAUCCAGUGCGAUUUCUAUUUCCAAACAAUAAAUGAAAAAAAAAACAAAUAACAAAAACAACUUACUACUAGAUUAAAUACUAAAUACUACUACUCACUCGCAUCUACAAGCAUAAACGCACACAUACACGCGCAUAACUGUAUAUGCGUUUAUAUGUGUGUCUCAACUAGAAAUCGACAAGCAAGCGAGGAACUGAAGCCAUAUUUCGGAAAGGAGCUUACAAAAUAUCCUGCCAUUAAAUGAGAAUUCAAAUGCAAUUCUGAAGCAACAACAAAAGCAAGCGAAUUGCCCGCAAAUUGUAUGUGAACCUUGAAACUAAUAAGCAUACAACCGCCUGGGCUUAACUACGGAGUCAACUUCAAACUAUACUGGAAACGGUAAACUACAAAUCCAGCUAACAGCUAACAGCAAUUGCAACUACAACAACAAGUAGCAAAUCAAAAACAAAUCAAAUACAUAAAUUUCAUAUCGGCACAGAGUUAACGGCACCAACACUUGCUCAUACGUCCUAUCCCUCCAGUCUCCGGUGCUCGCUUUUAUUAUCGCUCUCGCUCUCUCCUUGUGCUCUCCCUGUGCGUGUGUGUUUCUCUGCCACUAAUGAAUGCAACAGAAAAAGUGUUUGGAUAUGUGAAAUAUGUGUGUUUGUGUAAGUAGCGUGCUUAGGAGUUGCAAUUACAGCAACAAAUGCCGGAAAGUACACUUAGAAAAUAAUUGCAACAACAACAGCAAUAGCAACAAGCACAGCACGCAUGCAAACGUGAAAAGAAAAGCAUUGGACAGCAGCAAGCGUACACAGCUAGCAAAUAUACAGCAGCAACAACAAACACAAAAACAACAGCAACAACAACAACACAAACUUAUGGCACAAACAACGGCGAAGCAUAAAACAAAUUUGUGUCGGUGAAGUAGCAGAACGAAAACGAAGAAAAGGCGGAAGAAGAAGCGGAAACAGUGCGCAGGCAACACCAACAACAACCACAGCAACGGCCGAUAAGUAAAUAUUGAAAUUGUAUAGUUGGACAAGUGGAGCAGAGCGUAGGAGAGCAAUCGUCAGCAGGCAAGCGUUAGUGUGACAGCGAGUGAACGCCUUAGCGGGACUUCACCAAUACAAGCAAGCAAAGCGUAGCGGUGUGUUUAUGUGCAACAAAUUGACCAACAGUUGCAACAAAAUAUAACUACAACAACAAAUUUAACGCAGUUGUGCUGUUAACAAUAUUGACUGUUGCUGGUAAUUGCGUUGAAAUCGCCGUACAAUAAUAGCAAGAAAUACAACAAUAACAAAUAGCAAAGUAGCAGCAGCAGCAGUAGCGGAAAAAAUCAGCCGUCGUCAUGAGGAUCAUCGCGCCAUUUCGGGCUCUGGUGCUGGCCCAUUUAUUUUACUGCGUAGCGCCCGCUGGAGAGGCUGAUUACACUCUGGAUGAUUCUUUUUGGAAUGAAGAAAGUCCUGUCGGUGAAGUGGAACGCCUCCUUAAGGAGUAUCGUCAAAAUCAGGAACUAGUACGCCGUAUCGGCGGUCAUUACUAUCAGAUCAUUUAUCCGGUGCAGCUGCGGCACCACGAAAAGAUGGGCAUAUCAACGCGUGAAGUGAGCCCACCAAAGCCGGGUCAGCGUCCACGACCCCAUGAGGAUGGUGGCUUCAGCAGAGGCAGAACAAAGAAACACUUUCAUCGCACCUCACUCUUAAUUAAGGCCUUUAAUCAUAAGUUUCGCUUAGACUUGGAAUUAAAUUCGCAACUUUUAUCACCAAAUAUACAACAAAAACAUUACCAUGUGAGUGGUUAUCAGGUGGAUGGUAAUCGGCAUGACAUUGAGCAUUGCUAUUACCAUGGCACCGUUAAGGACUAUCCUGGUGCUAGCGCCGCCUUCCAUACGUGCAAUGGUGUCAGCGGCGUCAUACACAUCGGCAACGAAACAUUCGUUAUACAUCCCUUCUAUGGAGGCGAUCUUUCGAAGCAUCCGCAUGUGAUAUUUGAGGCACGCACUAAAGCCAAUAAAGGAUGCGCCAAUUCGGGUAAUUUGGAGACGUGGCGUUUGUCACGUCGCCCAAAACUGCUGUCGGCUGGUGUCAUCGACGAAAUACAUCCGAACGGUGCGGGCCGUUAUAAGCGCGAUGUACGCGAAGCAACUAAAUACAUCGAAACGGCCAUUGUUGUGGACCAAGCGAUGUACGAGAAACGUAAUGGCAGUACACGUGCCGAGGUCAUACACGACGCUAUACAGGUGGCGAAUAUUGCGGAUUUGUACUUUCGCACUCUGAACACCCGCGUUUCGGUGGUGUACAUUGAAACAUGGGGCAAAAAUCAGGCGCCCAUCGAUGGCAGCAAGGACAUCAGUAAAGCCAUAUCGAAUUUCAACGAUUACACAUCGCGAAAUCUUUUCCAAAUCGAACGCGACACCACACAGUUACUAACCGGCGAGACGUUCGCUGGCGGCGAGGCGGGCAUGGCGGUGCCGGAGACUGUGUGCACGCCGCGUGCGAUUGGCAUCAGCGUCGAUAUUAAUGUCUACGAGCCGCAUCUGUUGGCGGGCACGAUGGCGCACAUGAUUGGCCAUAAUAUCGGCAUGGGUCACGAUGAUGGACGUGAGGAGUGUUUCUGCAGGGACUGGCAUGGCUGCAUAAUGGCCCAAUCGAUUGUUGGCCAGGAGAAUGUGCAGCCUUAUAAAUUCUCCGAGUGCAGCAAAAAGGAUUAUAUCGAUGCGCUGCGCACCGGACAUGGGUUGUGUUUACUCAAUAAGCCGAAUGAGAUCGAAAUGCGUCGCAAUUGUGGCAAUAAGAUCGUCGAAGAGGAUGAAGAGUGUGAUUGUGGCACGAUUGAGGAGUGUGCCUUGGAUCCAUGUUGCGAUGGCAUCACCUGCAAGCUGAAAUCAGAGGCUCAGUGUGCCGGUGGCGCUUGUUGUAAUGAAUGCCGCCUUCGGCCAAAAGACUAUGUCUGUCGUGAUGCGCUCAACGAAUGCGAUCUGCCAGAGUAUUGCGAUGGCGAAAGUGGUCACUGCCCAAUGGAUGUAUUUCGGAAAAAUGGAUCGCCGUGUGGGCACUCAAAGGCAGGAUUGUCGUCCGGCUACUGCUUUCAAGGCGACUGUCCCACUUUGAAUCUGCAGUGCGAGGCGAUUUGGGGUUAUGGCGGCUUGGCAGCAGAUCGUCAAUGCUAUGAGCAGUUCAACUCGAAGGGUUCGAUCAACGGUCAUUGUGGGCGUGACUCCAAUGAGCACUAUAUUAAAUGCGAGCCAGAGAAUGUCCAAUGUGGCACAUUGCAGUGCAAAGAGGGCGAACGCCAGCCAGUUAAUGAUGGCAUUGAUCAGCUUUAUUCGAGUACAGUUAUCUCAAUCAAAGGAACGGAAUAUACAUGCAAAGCCACUAGCGGUCAAGUGGGCGCUAAUGAGUAUCCGGAACAUGGACUGGUGAAGGAUGGUACGCCAUGCGGUACUGAUUUGAUUUGUCUGAAUCAGACUUGUGUCAGCAUAUUUCCACACGUCGAUUCAACCAAAUGCCCAACAGAUUCACAGGGAAAAGAGUGUUCAGGACGCGGGGUCUGCACCAACACGAAUCGCUGCUUUUGCGACAUGGGUUGGGGCGGCGUCGACUGUAGCCUUGUAGUUUUACUGACCACACCACUGCCAACGGAAGCGCUGCCAACCGCGGAGAAUACUAUCAAAAUGGAGAAGAAGGAGACGCCAUAUGAGAACUACCACGGCUCAAAUACAGUAUUCCUGGUCGGUGUACUAAUGUCAGUUGUUGGGUUCGUUUUUGUUACUUUCACCUUGAUGGCACUGUGCUACAGGUCAGUUGUAGUACAUAGAAACUUCUCCCUGUGUCUGAGACGCAAAACCACUACACUCAAGUACGAUCCGCCAUAUUCGAAAAAGCCCAUCGCCAAGGGCUAUGCCAGCGCCGCAGCCACUGCCGCAAAUCAUCACUCGGUCGAGGAGGUUUCACUGGACGGUUCCAGCAAAUUGGUCUACGCCAAUCAGGCCGGCUUCAGGGAUAAAAGCAUACAUGGUCGCCGUUAUACCGGCGGCGGCGAGGACGAUCAGGCCCAUUCUGAAAAGGGUAUAUUGAAGAAGCACAGCUAUGGACUGGUGCACAAUGAACAAUUGAAGGAUAAAUGGGGCGACGAUGUACAGUCCGACAAUCUCGAGCUUAUAACACAACAGGACGGUGCACUCGGCGCCUCCACCAGCGGCGGAGCGGCGGUCUCCGAAGUAGAGCGCACACUCAAAUCGCUCAACGGCUAUCACGAAGACAUAUUGGAGGCAUUGCGCAAUGCGGCCUCACAUCGCGGCACCGCCACCGGCAAUACGCCCGUCGGCAGCGGCAGCCUAAGCGAAGAGAUGCUGCGCAAGACACUGCAAGACUGCCAAAGCGCACAGCUGGGCUACAGCGUGGAACCGUAUAAGCGCUCCAGCGGUUCCAAGUCGAGCUCACGCGAAAACAUUUGCGACCCCGCACAAGCGCACAUGCUGAUCGAAAGUGCGGGCAUUGGCGGCCAUGCCGGCGCCAUAUUGCAUCAUCAUCGCUCGCAACAUCAAUUGCAUCAGCCGCCACCAUCAAUGCAGCAACAGCAACCGCCGCUGGACGACGAUGAUGCCCCAUCGACUGGGCCGUUGCGUAUACGCAAUCUGGAGGAUCUGAUACGACAGCUGGAGCAUCACUCGUCGCGUCACAUGAGUCCUAGCGGCUCCGAGGACAUUCGAAUGUCCGAAACGGAGGCCGAUCGCCAUUAUAGAUUAGAUAGUUCCGCCGCUUGUAGUGAAUCGUCGCAAGGCUCAAAUCAGCAAUUAGCACAAUCACAGAAAACUGCAACAAUACAUCCGUCUUACAGCAGUCGUUUGCGCCCGCGCUCCGACGAGGAGUCGCGCUUCGCCUACGGAAGGUACAGACAUCCCCAAGCAGCUAGUAGACAUCCAUCGCAUCAAUCGCAUUCACCUCAUGCUUUCGGCCAUCAUACGCAUCAUUCGCACGCCCACGGUCAUGCUACGCACGGCCCACACUCAUCACAUCACUCGUCGCAUACACACUUGCACCAGGACGACGAGGGUAUAUACGAGAGUGCCGACCACCAUGAACGUUCGGUGGUCGAGGCACGACUCGAUCCGCGUGAAACACCCGACAGUGAGAGUGAUGACUUUAUUCAAGCUCAACAACAGUUAGCCCGGUGGGCGAGUGAGGAUGUGGUAUCCGUCGUGGUAUUGGAUCAACCGCAAUCCGGCACAAUGUCGGAUUCCCAACAAUCCAGCGGCGUCGGACCAAUGUCAACGGCUACAACGAGUACCGUUAUACAUCAUCAACACCCGCACCAGCACCACGGCGAUCAUCCAUCCUCGGCAGCGGCCUCAUCAGCAGCGGCUACGGCGGCGGCGGCAGCAGCAGCGGCAGCCAACAGCAACUCUAUAAUGGGUUUGGGGGUCGUGCCAAAUGGUAUAAAUGUAAGUCAGAGGGACUAUUACCCCUCGCCACCCUCAACGGAGACGGAAAGCAGUGGAAGUGUUAUCCAACCGCUCAGCCGUCGUUUGCCUAUACCAGCCGAUACCGGCCAACAGCAAGCGCAAUUGCAGCAACUGCACCAACUGCAUCAGCAUCAUCAGCAGCAGCAGCUGCAGCAUCAGCAUCAGCAGCAGCAGCAACUGCAGCUGUUACAGCAGCAAGGCGACACCACCAGCAGCAGCAACAACAGUCAAUCAGGACAAAUAAUGGAGAAUGGUCGAUAUCCGGAAUAUAAACACUGAUGAAAAUGUCAACGCAUACAGCAACAAAAACAACAACAAUUGCAGCGACACUACCAAUAACAAGCAUAGCAAACGCCAUAAAACACAUAGUCAUAGGUGGUGAUGCCAUCAUGAGCGAAAAUUAAACGGUAAUUCAUUUUUCUAACGGAAAUUAACCGAACAACUUGUUGUUGUGUUGGCUGCAAAGCGCGAAUGCAACACGAAGCAACCAAAGAUGCCUCAUCGGCAUUGACAGCAGCACAUUUCUUAUUGCGGCCUGCAAAACGAAGAAAAACGAAGUGCUUCGCGCUGUUUAACGAACAUAUAAACAAACGAACGAAGCGAACGAGCGCACGCGAUAUCGACCGAAGCCCAGCAAUGUGAUUUUAUACAAAGUAGCAUUUUAGGUUAUUCAAUUAAAUAAAUUGCAAACGAAAAUGAUUUGGUAAAAUUAUUAAUUAAAUUAGUUAUUAAUUAAUUAAUGAAAAGAAAACCAUAAAAAAAAAAAACAAAAACGACUCAAAAACAAAAUUUCACAUAGAAAGUAGACUUAGAUAAUUUACCAAAAUACCAAAACUAGAAAUUAAUAUUAAUUGUGUGCACUUGAAGCAGUUGAAUCGUGAAUUUAUUACAACAAAUUAAUGUGCGAAUUUGCGCCAAGAACAAAAACAAUUACAGAAACAGGAAAAUAACGCAAAUCGUUUCGCAAACUAAUUCGAAUAAGUACAUGCCCACACACACAAACACACACACACCCACAUACAUGACUAAGUAUGUAUUUGUAAAUUUUGUUAUUCACUUGCAUUGUACAUAUGUAUGUAUGUAUUGACUAGCAUUAUCGUUAAGCUCCACAAACUUCUUUAUACUAAACACAUGUAUGUACGUAUGUCUGUAUGUAUGCCCCGAAGCCUAUGUACUUCAGUGCUACAUAAGUAUAUACAUACAUGCUCGUACACGGAUAGAUGGCGUAGACUCAUCGAUUCAUCGUACCCUAACCACAUUGCACAUAACUGUAUUUUACGCGUAUAUAAAUGUAUAUAUAAGUAUUACAACCACAACACACACACCCACGCACAUAUACGUUGUGUAGAAGUGUACGAAUUUGCCAAUUAGCAUUAAGCCAGCAUUGAUGUCUCUCACACACACACACACACACACACGUAUAUGUCACACAUAUAAAUCAAUACAUAGGCGCAUACAUAGGUAUGUGUGUGUGUUAUAUAUUCGUACUCAUAGAGUUUUUGUAGUUAGCGAAUGCAAAUGGAAUUAUGCAGAAAAAGACGAUAGCAACAAAUUAACAAAUAAAUCAGCAUAGAAUAAAGAAAACCGUAAAAAUUAAUUAACUGUAUAGACACAAACAGUAAAUCACAAACACACACAUACUUAAUUCCCGAAAAAGAAAUAAAAAAUUAAAUUGUGCAAACUUAGCAAUGACGAGCAACGGUAAUUAUAUAGGAAUUACGCUUAAUAAGCUCACACGUCUAAUUUUUUUUUAAUUAUCCAAAUAACCGAAUUGAGUUAUAAAUUAUCAUAACUUACUCCUAUAAUUAAAAAAAGUUGAAAAAUUUUGUCAAUUUUUGUUAUUUUUAUACUCAAAGUCACUUGCAUCAAAUCAAAUGUUCAUUUGCGUACAGAGUUUUCAUAUUCAAUAUGACGUCACUGAGAUGAGCCGGGAUCAACGUUGGACUACAACAAACUGUGUUCACGUGAAAUAACCCAGUUUAAUUUUCUUACCGAUACUUUACUUUGAUUGGGAAUUUUUCCAAAAUUGUAAGGGCGUUUAAUCAAAUGUCUAUGGCUCUACUUCCUUCACCCUGCUGUUGAUUUGCAUUCUACCAUUAUUAUUUAUCAUUCAGUUUAUUUUUUGUGGUUCAGCAAUAUGCAGCUGAUAUUAUAGCAUUACUUUUUCCCCUGUCAAAAAAUAUACUUAAGUAAGUUUUUUCGGCAUGCUCAUCGAUCACAAUUUUCAAUUUUGAGCAAAAAAAUUGGUUUGCGUGCAAUCUUCAAAUAAAUCCAAAAAAAAGUCCAAUAAUUGCAUACCCAUUUUCAAUAGUAAUGUCAUAAAAAAACUGUACUAAACCAUAAAAGUUGUUUGUUUUUCACCACAUGCUAUUAUCUCAACGCUUUUCUUAGUCUGAUGAUCAAAAAGAUUGCACAGGCAUACCCAUUUCUCAUUCUUAAAAAUAACUCCCCUAUCAUGUAUGGCUACUAGAGUGAGUAUAGUAGCCAUUAGCUGAAGCAUGCACCCAAAUUUUGAGCAAAACUGUUAAUUACUUUAAACGGUGUUACUUCAAAGUGUAAAACCAUGGGUGUUGUCUACGUUUUCAAAUACACUGAGAUCAGUGGCCAUAUGCAAUACAAACGGCUGAUAUAGUAGCCAGGACAUGAGACUGAAAGUUCAGCAUUUGUCUUACAUACCUAAUAUGGGGUUUAAGUUUUUAGUACAUAGCUUCUCUUAAUAGGCAGACUAAUACAUAGUCUGUCGCAAAAGAAACAGAACUUUUUAAAUAUAACUGUUUCCGGUGGCGCCACCUAUUGGUGGGUAUAUGAAAUAAAAAGUUUGAACUCUUGUUGACAUUUCGUAAAAAUUUUAAGACAAUUGGAUAACUACAAUCGAUGUUAUCGAUCAAAAAGUAACAGCAGCUUUUGGUCAUCGGUCGUAAAAUGCAUUUUGAACAAAGAGCAAAUAUUGAAUUUUGUUUUAAACUUGGGAAAACGUUUACUGAAACAUUUCAAAUGAUGAAAAAAGUUUAUGGUGAUCAGUGCCUAUCCCGUAGUAAUGUGCAUGAGUGGUUUAAGCGAUUCCAAGAAGGUCGCGAGGACUUCUGUGACGAUCAGAAGUCGGUCGUCUUCGGAAGUCAAAAUUAAAGACAAUGCUGAUUUGUUUUUACGAUUCCGAGGGUAUUGUACACCGAGAGUUCGUCCCACCUGACCAAACGAUUGAAGCUGUGUUUUACCUUGGUGCUAUGAAGCAUCUUUUGUCACGCAUUUGUCGUGCUCGACCACAAUACUGUGAGGCAGGGUCCUGGCGCCUGUUGCACGAUAAUGCGCCGUGUCAUCGGACGACGCUUGUCACUGAUUUUUUGACAAAAAACUCCAUAUUAACCAUUAAUCACUCACCCUACUCACCUGAUCUGGCACUACUUUGAAUAAAAAAAUAUAACUUUUGAAAAAUACUAAUUUUUUGUUGUUUUUUUAACAGUCCUGUUUCUUUUGCGACAGACCUUGUAUAUAAGUAAUAAACAAAAUAUUGUUUUUAAGCGAGCAUAUGAUAUUUUAUAGUUUUAAAAAGUCGAUUAAUUCUAAUUAUUUAUAUGGUUAUGUGGGCCUCAUGCAAUUUUUGAUGUAUCCAUAACAUAUAAUGCUCUUAAGGCAGCAUAAAUUCCACCAUAAAGUUAAAUUUGUGUUUUGGUAACUCAUUGAAUGUCACUUCUGGUUUGAGUACUUUCCAAAAGUAUUAAGGAAUGCUUAUAUGACGGCGUUUAUGAAUAUGAAAAGUAAAAAGUUCCAGUUUUAAAACGAGAUUUUGGAUAUGAAGCCGUUUUCGACAUAAAAAGGUCUCGAAAUUCCCUUCUCAAAAUAGUCCUUAUUAUUCAUUGCCUGGGUUUUACCAAAAUUUAGACGCCUAAACUUUGGACGUUGGCUGUUGCGCGCUUUCACGCUUUGGAUGCGGUUGAUGGCUCGCAAUUAACUCGGAGGUUUGUCGAUUGUACUACCAAGCAGAACCCUCCUGCUGUUUAGCUAACAUUGUCAUAGGGCAAAUGGAAAAAUUCUGAUAUAUUUUGAUUGCACAACACCAAAAUCUGCUCGAAAUCAUCAAUUAUUUGCCGGCAUGCUAAUGUUUUAGCCUUCGAUAUUGUAUAUUUAGAGCAGCUGCAAACACGAUGAGCUGAAUGGCAUUAUCGUUCAAAAUUAUUUGUGAAUUUCAUUUGAUGUUUUCGCCCGUAAGUGUCCCUCUUGAACAUCGACUGUGUUCAACUUCUUCGUUGCUCAUUGUAUAAACUGUGCAGAAUUCACUAAACUGCAUGCAAACUGCUGGCCAACGUGCUCCAAAGCCUGGUAAACACUACGCGCUAGCUCACCACACACACAUCGAGUCACUUUUGGGUUAAACAUAGUGUUUCGUUAAAAACCGAAAUUCUAUUUCAGUGAGGAUAUAACGAACAAAAAUAUGUAGCGUCCUCUGGAAACUAUGAGUACUCUUCAACCUGCUUGGUAUUUAGCGCUGACGAUGGAAAUGUUCAAGUUGUAUUCAAGGAAAAAAAAUAUAAUCUUCAUUGUGGAAAUUUUAUAAUAAUUCAAUACCAAUUAAUUUAAAUUCUACUCUUAAGGAUCUUGCUAGGUUAGGUUAUUCUGGUAGACCAAGCCGCGCAUAGACCAGUUUUGAUCCUUUGCGAUAUUAGAUGGAGUUCAGUUGCUAGGUUCAUGAGAAGUAGUCACCCAUUAUAAUGCCUGCGCUUGCCGCGAAUUUCAACAGACUCUGUGGCCUCACUAUCUACACCUCAUGCAGCGUAUCAUACCGUGGGGACUCCAGAUGCUUACAGCGUAGUCUAGCUAAUGUGCGACAAGUGCAUAAGAGAUGCUCCAUUAUUUCCCUGGUGCCCUGCUGCAGACAUUUCCUGCAGUCUUCUCGAACUGUCUGCGCUAUCCUACAGGCGUGUGUCGCCUCUAGACAGUGACCAGUUAGUAUUCCUAUCAUAUUUCUACAGUCUCUUCGAGGGCCAAUAGGAAUGUUGUGUACUUCCGAUCUACAGUUUUGCACAUGACUUUUGCAGUUUUGCAACCAGGUAGCUCGUUCCAUCGGGUUUUGAUUUUCUUUACAAUGCUUCUGUCAAGAUCGUCGUAUGGACAAUGCAUGGGUUUCCCAAUUUUGUUCACGUUUUCGGGUGUUAUCCAUACACCAUUCUUGGCAACAUCAUCCACUAUUUCAAUGCUUUCGAUGCCUUUAUGGCCUGGUACCCAGUAAAAGUGAAGUUGCUUGCUUCUGGCAACACUUUGCAUUGUUGCAAAGCUGCCUGCUUUACAAGAUACUUCCGAAUUAUGUCGUGUAAUAUAUGCAGCCAGAUAAGGACGCCAAGUAGUAAGUACUCGUAAUAUUACGAUUUUCCAAAAUUUCAACGACGUCGUUAUAUUCCACUUUAAGGCUCUAGUAUGACCACAAAUUCUACCUCCUUUUCAAGAAGAUUUAUAAGCCAGUUUUGAACACAUCGUUGAGUUCCACAGCAAAUACCCAAACAGCUGACUCACCGAACCCCAAAACUUUACCAAAAAGUGGCUGAAAAAAAAUUAUUGGAGUUUCUACAACUGACCAAUCAUUCCCUCGCUUAACUGUACUCCAGCCAUACUUAAACUCGCUUGCAGCUGUCAUUGCAAAGUUUGCGCAAAAGCUCAACAAUCACACACUUUCAACCAAGCACAUUAGACUAUUUUAUACAAACACAAACGGAAAAAUUCAUUUUAUUAAAAAAAGACAACAUUUUGGAAUAUCUUUUGAACCCACAAGUAGCGUGUGUGCGCAGGACAGAGACACUGAAAUCAAUUAUUAAAUAUUGAUUACUAGGCAAAGGAGGAUAGAAAAAAAACACAAAAAUAAUUAAAAAUUAGUUUAGUAUAAAAUUAAAAUGUCAAUUUAAUAACAUAACAACAACAAACACACAAAAUGAUAUUGUCUAAUGAUAAGACUUAGUGAAAUAUAAAACAAAAACCAAAAAAAAAGUUUGCUGAACUAAUUGGCUUGACAAUUCAUAGAAACACACAUAGUCAACGCGCCUAACUCUUUUGCUGAAUAUCAGCGAUUAGAGCGGCAUGUAGCACACUUACAUACAUACAUACAAAGCAAAUAAUGCAAUAGCAUGAUAUUCUAAAACACAUAUGUAUUUGCAUAUAAUUACUAACACACAUACAAGCAUACUUGCAUACAUUAAACAUACAUAGCUGCGUUACUCAUCUCACGUGUAAAUAUAUUAGUCAAUGGUUAGGCCAUAAGCGUAGGAUAAAUUUUAUAAUGUACUAAAAAGGUGUAUAGAUCUGUAAAUUUAGGCAAAACUAAAAUCAUUCACCAAAAAAAAAAAGCUGCGUGUGCGUCCGACUGGGUUAGUUACUGCUGUAGAGUAUUUAGAGGACAUUUAAUACUUUCGCGACAAAAACAUAACAAAAGAAAGUGAAAACGAAACUCAGUAUACUUCGCAACUCUGCAAGCAACGCUAGUUAAUAGCGAGCACUUAUUUUUGACUUAUUUGUUCAAAGUUUACCUAGUAAACAGUUAAUUAUAUAAUUUGAAGAAAAAAGCCUUCUGCUUGUCAGCUAACUAUAUAAUUUAAAGAGACUUCUGCUUGUCUAGUUGACAUGAAAGAUCUGCUUAUAAAACCAUCACACAUUCGUAGGCAAUUUAUAAAUUGAAUUAAGUUGUCUGAUAAAAACUGGUAGAAAAAUACCGCGAUCAAAUAUCCAGCUGUGGUCACAAUAACAGUUUUAGUCGCAUAUUUCAAUUUUUCCGACUGUUGUUAUCUACAGACAAAUUAUUAAUUAAAGAUUAUGAAUAUGCUAUUGAAAGCCUCUUUUCGAAAACAAAACGAAGACUGUUUUAUGUACAUUCAAAAAAAUAUUCAUAUUAAAUUUCUAACAAAUGAGUUCUAAGAAUAAGAAAGCAUACAAAAAAUGUCUGUUCAAUAUGAACUAAACCGCCAAUAAAUUAGUAAUCAAUUAUCAAGGUUAAAAAUUAUUGUUUUAAGAGACUUAUAUUCAAAUAUUUCAUUAAGAAAUAAAUAUUAGCCCUAUUAAUAUUCGGUUUGAAAAUAGUCUGAUUCUGAUUAGCUAAAACUGUUUUUCCUAAUUUGCAAAACAAGCCAUACAUAUCUUAGUUAUCUGGUUGAUAUAAUGGUAUAUUAAGCCUAGAAAUUAAGCUGCUAUCGACCUGUCGCUCUGAAACUGUUAAAAACCAGCCAAUUUUUGGUUGAAAAGUAAUUUCGAUGGUUAAUUUCUAUUUUGGAAAUAUUACAUUUAUUAAGAAGAUUUGCGCAGAAAUUAUCGACAUAUAACGUAUUGAAUAAAAUCACUCAAAUAGCGAACAGUUUGGGUAAACUAAGUAUGCCAAUAUAGCGCUGAAAAUACUUAACGCGACACCAAUAAAUAUGUGAAAGUAAAAGGGAUACACUUUUCAGAGAAUUUUAAUAUUUUAUAUAUUUUCUUCUGUCAAAAAUAAUGAUCGCUAAUCCAAAAGAAAAGAGCUAACAACGACGAAAAAAGUAUCAUUAGCAUAGUCUGGUGACUAUUUGCGCACAUUUCACUCUGCUACAUUAAAAUUUCCCUUGAUUUGUUGAAAAGAUGGCAAUUUUUGACACAAAAAAAAAUUUUGAAAGGCGCUUGCACAUGCUUGACUUCAUUUUAAUAUUGUUAUACAGAAAAGCUGAGAUCACUAACGAAAGCCUAUAGUAUCUACAAGAAUUUCGAAAGCCAAAAGUCGAAAUUAAAUUCAAAACAGCUGGAUGAUUUUAUAGCAGCUCGCAUGUCUCUGUGACAAUUUCAACUAAAUUUUUUUAAUAAACAGAAAAGCAAAAACAAAAAGUUGAACAAAUUUCAAUAACUUGAAACAAUGAAAAAUCACUUUAACGAAAAAUUGUUCACAGCUUUCGUAGUGUCGUGCUUGCUACACAUUGUUCCUCUGAGAAAUUUUUGUUAAAUAAAUACCCAACAAGGAUUUGCUUGAUAUCGUAUCCCAAUAAAUAUAGAGAGCUUUCUAAAAUAGCGCAUUAUUUAUCAAACGAAUUUCAGCAACAGAAUUAUCCACUGUAAGUUUUCUUAACUAUGCACGUUUGGCAAGUUUGUCGCUUAAGUCUUUUGAAUUCAGUCAUUAUUUUCAUAGCUACACAAAUUGUUAAGCCAAUUUCAAAUAAAUUGCUUGCUAAUAUGUGCACAUAUAAAUCCGUCUUUGGCGCAAACACUAGUGUGAAAUAAAAAUGCAUAUGAGAAAGCUGUUUAAAAGGGCGUACACGCACACACAUAUUUAUACAACUUGUCUAACCACAAAGAAAAAUUUGUUUUUACACAUUUAUCACAUACGCACAUGCAUGAUUACGAUUACAUUAUAAAAACAAAAACAAAAAAUAUGACAUAUUUAUUAAAAAGCACCUUAUUUUGUUGCUGAGCACUUUGAAAGCAAACACUCAUUAAAUAUAAAUGCAAACAAAACUAAGAAACUGUAAAAAAAAAUCGAAAAAAUACAAAAAUAUUAAAAAAAAAAUAAACUUAAUUAAGUAAGAAGUUGAAUAGAUUAAAGCAAAAAAUGGAGAUCGAACGUAAGUGGAAGAACCAUUUCUAAAGAACUGUUAACUGUUGUGAAUUUAAAGAAAUAUUAAAUAUUAAGCAAACAAGAAAUUAAACAUUAAAUCAAACAAAAACAAAAACCAAAAUAAAAACAAA